AUGACAAUGUUCUCGUAUCUCGGAAGUUUUGUCUCAAUACCAAUCGAUGUUUUUGGCCUCUAUUUGAUCUAUUUCAAAACGCCACGUGGCAUGAAAACGUUGAAGUGGACGAUUUUCAAUGCACAUUUUUGGGGUUUUUUGAGUGAUGUUUUGAUUGGCUCACUAACAAUUCCCUAUUUAUUUGUUCCAUUGAUUAUGGGAUUUCCACUUGGAUUAUUAUCGAUUUUGGGAAUCUCGCCAGUUAUUCAAGUUUAUGCCGCAUUUUCGUGUGUUGCAGGUAAAAUACCCACGCUUCUACGCAAAUUGAAAUCAAACUUUCAAUUGAAUUAACCAAAUGAGGUUUUCUAGAAGUGGCGUGUGCGAUUACAUUUUUGUUCGAAAAUCGGCAGAAUAACAUGGUACAAAAUUGGUUUAAGAUCGAAAGAUCAACAACGAGAUAUGUAUUUUAUGCGGUGAAUUUGGUUAUCCCGUUUCUUUUCAUGAUUCCCGCCUUUUUUGGAUAUUCCCGAGCAAGAACAAUCGAAGAAGCGGGGAGCAAAGGUGAGCUUUUUCCUCUCUGCUACUUUGGUAUAGUGGUUAGCGCGCUCGAUUUUGCUUCAUAAGGUCGCAGAAUUUUUUUGUCUUGUGAGACUUUGGUUUUAAUGCCUCAACGGCUCUUAUAGGACUCCAAAAUUUCAGAAAUUUCCCUGUGUGACUCAAGAAUUCUAUCGAGAUGAUAAUUUUGUGUUAGUCGUGAACACAGCUUUGGUCAGUAUACCAUUGUCAAUAACACUAGCAUAUUUCAUCCUACAAAUAUUCGUUUUCUUCCUCCAAUGUCUCUGCCAAUUAUUCAAAGCAUCCGCAGUUUCUGCUCGAACUCGAAGCCUUCAACGCCAGUAUUUCCUGUCAGUCUGCACACAAAUCUUAGUUCCUGUGAUCACCAUUUGCUCACCAGUUAUAUAUUUUAUUUUUGCGAUUCAAUUUGAUUACUACAAUCAAUCAAUCAAUAAUAUUUGCUGUAUUGUAAUUUCAAUGUAUGGAUGUAUUUCAACAAUUGGGACAAUUAUCAUUUAUGAACCUUAUCGAUUAUUCACAUUGAAUCGAAUUUUUGGUCAACAAAUGAAACCGAGCCGGAACUUGAUUCAGGAUUCCGGUAAAAGUGUGAUAGUUUUAGAAUAA